AUGAAGCCUCUAUCCUGGCUCUGCCUCCUAGCAGGCGCCGCUCCAGUCUUUUCCUCCGUUUUGAAGCCACUCGUUGCCUACGAUGUUAAAUACGUCGAUGUGCCAGAAAAGCGGCACAUUGAUAUUGACCACUUUUCGUAUAUAGAAGGGCGGAACCGGAAUCUUGGGACAGUUUCCCUUGCCAAAACGUUCCCAGCGAAGGACGUUUUGUUCAAUGUUGCACUGGGAAAGUCGAAGGGUGACGCCAGUGGAUCGCUUUCCAUUUCCGUCACAUGUAUCUCGUGUUAUACUACUGGCACUGCUGUUGUCACCACCGAGGGAGUGAAGAAGGAUGAAUCGGUUCUUGGAGGCAUAAUCGAUUUUUUCAAACACCCUGAUCCGAGGGAACUUGUGGUCGAUGCACUCGACUUGAACCUCGAAGUCAACCUUGAAAACCUCGGCGGUCACUUCGAGUUUGAUAUAUCGUUUGCAGCAUCAGGAACGUACACAGUAACGUUGUUCAGAUCAGAGACCCCUGUCGGUGUUGCGCUCAACGAUGACGAUAAAAUUGGCCUUCUCUUUACCCUGGAGCUCCUUUUCACGGUCAGCGCUGCAGUUGACUUUAGCACUGGGUUUGAUGUUGUAUUCCCAAAGGGCGCAAGCUUCGUCUUGAAUCCCUUGAACGGUAAGAUCGUUUCAAUGAACAUUGGUGGGGUUCAAGUCAAGUCAAUCCCGGUGAAACUGGUGAAGGGCGCCGCAUGCAUUUCCGCCAUCCUACGCCUCAAAUUCCAGGUUGGGGUGGGUCUCAAGGUGCUCGGGAAAGGUUUCGAUUUUGAGGCAGGCGUUUUCUUCGACCCAAUUCAGUACAAAGCUUGCAUCACAUAUGACCCAAAGAAACCCUGCAAAGUGGAGUUCACCGAGAACUUCUUCGAGGAAAUCGGAGCUUAUGCCCGCGCGGUCGUUGAUCUUGACUUUGCCAAAUUUUCCGCUGGACCAACUGCUGUGUCGACAUUCUUUACUGGAGCGCUGCCAUCGACCUGCAUAUCCAGUUCGAAUCCAACGACCACGAAGGCGCUUCCGAAGACUUCUCCCCCUGUUCUCAAGCAAACAGAAGACUCUGAUAAAAGCAAGACUGUGGUUUCCAAGACGAUACCAAAACAGACAUCACCCACAUCAACUCAUUCCAAGGCGAAAGAAACAGAUGCCCCAUCACCCACAGCCCCAGGGGGUGCAUUCCAUACCGCAAUCCAUUCCGGACAUGAGAGUGAUACAUCUGACCAUGGUAAGCACACUUCUAAGGAAGGAAGUGGGUCUUCCCAUCAUACAGCCUCAUCUCAUCACCACUCCGCUGGAACUGGUUCAAUAAAACCCCACCACAAACCUACAUCACCGUCUCAGGGUCCAUAUGGAAACUCAACUUCAGAUGCAUCUGGCGGUGUACCCACAGGCAGCGAUUCGUCAAUGACUACCUCGACUAUUACCACAACCUCCGUCUACACCAUCACCUCCUGCAAACCUGAAGUUACCGACUGCCCAGGCAAAAUUGGCCAGGUCACUAGUGAAGUCAUCAUCACCACAACUGUCUGUCCAGUCAGCGGUGCCUCGCCAACGUCCACAGGUAUUGCUGAUGGUGAAGUGGGUGACAGCUCUGCCGGUCCACUCCCAACUGGUAACAAGGCCAGUAACUCGACCACCAGUGCCCUUGACGGCUCGGAUCUUACCACCAGAACCAUCUACAGCACAGAGACCUACACCAUUACCAGCUGCCUCUCCCAAUACAUUCAUUGCCCUGCAAGCCUUGAAUCGGCAAUCGUCCAAACCAAGACUGUCGUCCAGUACACGACUGUCUGCCCAGUCUCGCAAACGGAAUUCCCCUCAACCCUCCCAACAGCUGCCGCAGGUCUCCCAACUGGUGCCUCCGAAACUGCAAAAGGGGUUGCUCCAGCCCCCACCGCCGUGCCAGUCGUGAAAACCAUCGUCAUCGUCAGCCCCGUCCCUCUUACGCCUUGCGAAACUCCUAUCGUCAGGACUUUCGAAAGCUACGUCCCUCCUUACGCCACUUCUACCUUCGCUGGAAACGUUACAGGAGAAGCACCAUAUCCGACCGCGAACUCUACCGCACCUGUUGCCCUGCCCACUUCCACAAAAUCCUCACCUCCAGAAGUCGUGCCUACUGAGGAGGCGCUUUCUCCCACGGUGGUGAGAGAGGUUGCCGUGCCUACUGCAGAAGAUAGUAGUGUCAAAGCGGGAGUGCAGUCGAGUUCCAGCGCGGCUCCUAGUGCUGUGUCGACGUUCCAGCAAGCUAAUGGUGUGAGUGGAGGCAGUGCGAUUGGGCUUUUGCAAUUGGUUGCGGUAGCCUUUGUUGGAGUGGCGGCCACGCUUAUGUACUAA